AUGGUUAUUGCAGGGUUGGAAACUUCACUAGUGACGCUCGAGUGGACGAUGGCGGAGCUCAUAAACCAUCCCCAAGUCAUGUCCAAGGCCCAAGACGAGAUCGACAGCGUUGUAGGGAGAGCUCGCGCGGUGCAAGAGUCCGAUCUUCCAAACCUUCCAUACAUCGAAGCCAUUGUCAAGGAAUCACUGCGUCUCCACCCGGCGGUGCCACUGGGCGCUCCUCACAUGAAUCCCAAGCCUGUCAAGCUGGGAGGCUACACCAUCCCUGGCGGCUGCAAGGUUCUCGUCAACAUAUGGGCCAUUGGACGCGAUCCCGCUCGCUGGUCCGACCCAGAAGCGUUCCAGCCGGAGCGCUUUCUCGGCUCCUCCAUCUCUCCCAACGGGCAGAACUUUGACUUCCUUCCAUUCUCAUCGGGGAGGAGAGUUUGUGUUGGGUAUCCACUCGCGAUGAGAUCCAUCCCUUUUUUCGUGGCCAGUUUGCUCCAGGCAUUCGAUUGGAGUCCUGCUAACCCGAGCGGGAUCGACAUGGAAGAAUGCACGAGAAGUACAACUAUGAAGCUGAAUGCUGACUUGCUUGUAAACGCGUCCAUCAGGGUCGAUCAAAAUAUAAUAUAA